AUGAAUGAAACUCCUAUUUGGUUUGACAUGUUAGGAAAUUUAACUGUCAAUAAUAAAGGAGAUAAGACAGUGCAUAUUUGUAUUACUAGAAAUGAUAAAAAUCAUUUUACUGUAGUUUUAACUUGUUCAGCUGAUAGUACAAAAUAUCCUUCUAUCUGUAUCUUUAAAGAAAAACAACUUCCUCAUGAUGAAGUUAUUUCAAAAAGUAAUUCUGCUAUGAUGGUAUAUGAUUCAUUUCGAAGUUACUUGAAGGAAAAUAUAAAAGUUAAAUUUAAACAGCAUAAUUUUCAUUUAGUUGUAAUUCCAGCAGGAUUAACUAGU